UCAGUUCGCCCCGAUCGCCAUUUUCGAAUUCCAACUUUCUAUCUUCGUCUACGCUCUAGAAAUUAUCUGAACAGGCAGUUCGAGGUCGUAAGCAAGAAAAUGGUCGGGCGAGAUCAGGAGCUGGAGAAAGUAAGAUUUCUAAGCUUGGCGCUGGAUCUCGGCUUCGACGAGCAGUCGGCCAACAGGUGCCUGGACCGUUUGAUUUCACUCUACGGCGACGAUGGGAAAGAUUUUGUCACCGUGGAGUGCUGCGGCGACGAUUUCCUCGCGGCGCUGGCCGCGUCCAUGGAGGAUGCCGAGGACUGGGACGACGACUUGCGAGCUGUCGAAUCCGAAGCUUGCGGCACCUUGAAUGACAUGUUCGAUAAGGAUAAUAACACUGCUCGAGAGCCGAACGAUAGCAAGGCGAGUGGUUCUAUUGCGAACGGCUACUACAUCAACCUCAGCGACGACUCGCCUCAGAAGGAGAGGCGGCACGAUUUCAUGGAGCUUGACUUGUCAACAAGUGAUAGCGAUGAAGAUCCUGAUUUUUGCAUGUCCGGUGAAAAGAGUUCUGUAACUGCUUCCUCGCUCGGCCGCUCUUCUGUAUCUAGGGAUUAUAAGGGCACGGCUACCCAAGGUUCAGUUGCAUCAGGUGGCAGCAAGAAGCAGUCCCCUACGGUGUCAAAGGAUGUACAUGGGACUCUGAGUUAUGAACAACUGCAACGACUGGAUGACAUUGAAUUGGCGAAUGCUGUCAUAUUUGGGAACAAGGCUUUUCGUCCGUUGCAGCAUCAGGCUUGUAGAGCAACGUUGGAGAAACGAGACUGCUUUGUUCUAAUGCCCACUGGAGGUGGUAAAAGUCUUUGCUACCAGCUACCAGCCACUCUGAAACCAGGCGUUACUGUAGUUAUAUCUCCAUUGCUGUCCCUCAUCCAGGACCAGAUCAUUACAUUAAACCUUAAGUUUGGGAUACCUGCAACUUUCCUCAAUUCUCAGCAAACUUCUGCUCAGGCAGCCGCAAUCCUCCAAGAACUAAGGAAAGACAAACCAUCAUGCAAACUCUUAUAUGUAACUCCGGAGAGGAUUGCUGGAAAUGCGUCAUUUUUCGAAACCCUCAAAUGCUUGCACCGGAAGGGCCAGCUUGCAGGUUUUGUAGUCGAUGAAGCCCAUUGUGUUAGUCAGUGGGGACAUGAUUUUCGCCCCGACUACAGGGAGUUGGGACGUCUCAAACAGAACUUUUCAAAUGUCCCAGUUAUGGCUUUAACAGCCACAGCAACCCAUCCAGUCCGCGAGGACAUACUAAAAGCUUUAAGAAUUGAACGUGCUCUUGUCCUUGAAACAAGCUUCGACAGGCCUAACUUAAUGUAUGAAGUCGUUGCCAAAGAUAAGGACGCACUAAAACAGCUUGGACAGCUCAUCACCGAUCGCUUCAAAAAUCAAUGUGGAAUAGUAUACUGCCUGUCUAAGAACGAAUGUGUUGAGGUUUCAAACUUCUUGAACGACAAGUGCAAGAUUAAGACGUCGUAUUACCAUGCUGGUCUUGCCGCUCGCCAAAGAGUUGAGGUGCAAAGGAAAUGGCACACUGGAGUGGUACAAAUUGUCUGUGCAACGAUUGCUUUUGGGAUGGGGAUAGACAAACCUGAUGUGCGCUUUGUUAUUCACAACACACUGUCCAAAUCAAUCGAAAGCUAUUAUCAAGAAGCUGGAAGAGCUGGGAGGGAUAAUCUCCCUGCUGUGUGCAUUGCCCUAUUCCACAAGAAGGAUUUCAGCAGGGUUGUCUGUAUGUUAAGGAGUGGACAAAGAUUUCAUAAAGACACUUUCACGACAGCAAUGGCUCAAGCAAGAAAGAUGCGCGAUUAUUGUGAACUUAAGGGCGAAUGUCGCAGACAAGCGUUGCUGGAACACUUUGGAGAAUCAUUUGACAGAAAAGCCUGCAAAAUUAGCUCUAACCCGUGCGACAACUGUCUCAAGACACCCUCAUGACACGUUAGCUGAGGCCGAAGUCAUCUCAUUUUCUUCGGGGCCUUACUUCCAUCACGACUUACCGAAAGCAAGACCCGGCCGAACUCAUUCAUCUACUUAUGGAGAGGUCUACUGUCUGAGGAAGGUUAAGCCAGUCUUGAGCGGGUCUUCCAACCUGGUGCUUUGCUCAACUUGAAGCUAUCUCUGAAAUGGUUGAUGCAAUGUUCAUUUCUAUCCAAACUGUCCUAGAAUUGACUGCUCUCCCCUUCGACUUAUCUUCAAGCAAGCUGGUAUGGACAUCUGCUGGUACUCUAAUAGAAACUUGCUCAAUUUCUUUACGAGUCAACUUGCUUUCCGUAUUUAAGUGUAAAGCCAAAUCUUUUCUUCUGUACCUCCAAACUUAUUGUUCUCUGAGAUCUAUGGAGUGAUUUAAGACUUCAUAGUAUGGUUGUCAUGCCGGCCGGCGUGCCACUGGUUGAACCUGGUUCAAUUUAUACCGGUCAUAAAAUCGGUAUGACACCAUCGGUAUGACCGGCAUGAUCGAUAUACGAAUCUCCAAGUAAAAUGAUCUUAUCUUAGUGAAU